AUGUCUGACGGGAGCAAGUUUACGCGGGACGAACUGCUCGAGAUGCUGAAGGAGACGGAGGAGGACAUUGACGAAGCCGAGCGGGAGGCAUCGAUGUCGUCUGCCAUGGAUGUGCUGGCGGGCGAGCGGCGGCUACGUCUCAUUCGGGCCGAGUUGGCGGCUCUUGACGCUCGGGAGGCCGAGGCUGGAGCGAAGGAGGCGGGAAAGAGCAAGAAGAUGCUCAGUGCGUGCCGUGUUGUUGUGGCCAAGACUUGGGUUUCUGUGGCGGGCGCUGUGCCCGUCCGGGCCUACCGCAAGUACCGUCACCGGCAGGGCUCGGCCAAGCGGGCGACGUCGACCAAGCGCAAGGGCGGCGAGCGGGCCGUCUCCAUCGAUCAGCCCAUUCUCUUCCCCACAGCUGCUCCUGGCGAGGCUGUCGACAGUCCGCCGCCGUCGCCGCCUGCUGCCUAUGGAACAAAGUUGUUGCCCUUCCCCUUUAAGGCGAGCCUCUCGGACAUGGAGGCCCUCGACGACGACUGGUACACACAGCCCGAGUACCGCGCAUGGGUCGCAGAGUGGAACGCCCAGUUUGACUCGGACAGCAACCUGCCCCGUUCCGACUCGGACUAGCUUCCUCCACGUAUCCUACCGCCCUAUCUCCUUGCUUAGCCCGACGCCGUUAAACAUUCAUCAUGACCGA